AUGUUGGUGGGGAUACUCUUUUAGUCCAUAUUUUUGGAUACUGGAGGGACCAAGGAUGUGUAUUAUAGCGAUAAAUUUUGUAAUACUACUUAAUAUAGUCUGUGUAGUUUUAAUGAAAGUUCAAGUGAACACACCAAGUGAAUUUCAACAAAUCAGGAAAGCUGUGAGGGCUGCACUUUUGUUAUUACCACUCUUAGGCAUCACAAACAUAAUGGAUAUUGUACCUGGGCCUGUAGAGCGGACGCCUCUGGAAUUUGCCAUUUGGUCCUACACGGCGCAUAUUCUGUGGGCCUCUCAAGGAUUCUUUAUUUCACUUCUAUAUUGCUUUUUAAAUAAAGAGGUGCAAGAAGCUGUUAGAAAACAAUGGCGGUAUUACAAGCUAUCAGGAAAACCAAUAGUUAUAUGUUGGUCUAGACCAG